GCCUCCCGUUCCCUGCUGAAGCGGCCUUGGGCCCAAGGCCCGUCUGGACGCCGCCUUCCGCUCUGCUCCGCAUCCGGGCCGGGGAGGGCCUGCUCCCUCCUGCCUGGCUUCCUCCGCCCCUUUCGGGAGUUUUAUAACUUGCGGGGUUUCUUCCGCGUCCUGUGACUCCAAGUCAGGUGGUUGCUUCCUCGCCUCUUGCCUUGCCUUCCCCGGUUUGGGUAGGCGAAGCGGACAAAGAAAGUGGACCGAAGUCAGGCAGAGAGAGAGAGAGAGAGAGAGGAGCGGGCGGCUGGGUCUCCCUCCUUUGCUCGCCUUCUUCCCAAGUGUCAGGUUCUUGAGAAGUUUGGGAGAGUGAGAAAUGGCUGGAGGAGAAAGAGGAGCCGGAGGAGGAGGAGGAGGAGGAGGGGGAGGUGGGAGUAACGGCAGUAGUAGCAGCAGCAGCAGCGUUUCGGGGGCCUCGGAAAGCCGGGAGCAUCUCUUCAAGGUGCUGGUGAUCGGGGAGCUGGGCGUGGGCAAGACCAGCAUCAUCAAGCGCUACGUCCACCAGCUCUUCUCGCAGCACUACCGGGCCACCAUCGGCGUGGACUUCGCCCUCAAGGUCCUGCCCUGGGACAGCCGGACCCUGGUCAGGCUCCAGCUCUGGGACAUCGCCGGUCAAGAAAGAUUUGGCAAUAUGACCCGUGUGUACUAUAAAGAAGCUGUGGGUGCUUUUGUAGUUUUUGAUGUUACAAGAGGAUCAACGUUUGAGGCAGUUUCCAAAUGGAAACAUGAUUUGGACAGUAAAGUGCUUCUGCCAAAUGGUAGCCCAAUCCCUGCAGUUCUCCUUGCCAACAAAUGUGACCAGAAGAAAGACAGUGGCCCAAAUGCAUCACAGAUGGAUCAGUUUUGCAAAGAUGGAGGUUUUGUAGGGUGGUUUGAAACUUCUGCUAAGGAUAAUAUCAACAUUGAUGAAGCUGCUCGGUUUUUGGUGGAAAACAUCCUUGCAAACCUCAAAGCCUUUCCCAAUGAGGAGAAUGAUGUGGGAAAACUGAAACUGGACUCAGAUACCCUGAAGGCAGAGAGUAAAUUUCAGUGCUGUUAAUUACAUUUUUAUCUUGCGUUGACACACUAUGUGAGAGCAGCUAAGUUCUUGCUCUUCAUGUUGGACAGCUGCUAUGGUGCUUCAUCAUGACAACCCUUUGGGGUAUUGUUUUCUUUUGAGUUGGUGACACUUCAGGGUGUUUACACUUUUUUUCUUGUCAAGCAGGACUUUAAAAUUGCCUUGUACAUCAAAUCUGUGUUUGUGAACUACGUAGCACAGUCUGAGAGCUUGUGUCCAGCAAAAAAAAAAGGCUAUUAUUUGUGGACAAAAGUCAGUAGGAAAGACUUUGUCCCAACUUUUGCCCUCCACAGUACAAUUUGAGUAUAGAAAUUGUGGAAGAGUUCAUUUUGAUAAGCACUAUUUUUGUUGUUGCUUAUUUCUUUUUUAAAUACACCUUUCUUUUUGCCUCUCUUCUGCUGCUUUCAAAACCCUGUUCAAUAACAGAAUACCAACAAAAUGUCUUUGUGAGACACCUGGCAACCACAUAAGCCUUCCUUUCUCAGUAACACAGGAUUGAUAUUAAUUAAUGGAAACGACUCCCUAUUUUACAGUGCCUUUUAAACUUUGUAAGAGUCAGUUGCUUGGAAAAUAAAAACAUGAACUCUUAUUCCAAGUCCAUCUGUAAGAGUAUUAAGUCCAUCCAACAAUCCAUAUCUGAUACUCACAUUCUGGUAAUGGAAAUAAUAAACACUUUAGUAUUUCUGUAUACAUCAAGUAAUACUAUAGACCCCAUUAAAUGGUAAAGAGAAGUUGCCCUUUCUUGCAUAAGCACAAACUUUGUUCAAAAAAAUCUAACAUUGUUGGUUCAAAGCUAACUAAUGGCCUUAAUUAAACUAUCUCAUUGUUUUAUGAAGCCAAAGUGCAAUACAAAGCAUUCUGGUCCUUUACCAUAAUUCAUCAGUUGUGGUGUUGACAAAAUCCUUUCCUCAAUCAUGGUGCUUCUGGAAGACAUGUAUCCUGCCACUUAACUUUUUAAUACAGCACUGUUAAUAGGGGUGUCACAUUUUUUUAUUCACCAGAACAACUUUGAAAUGUCAUUCUGGGUUUAUUGUUAGAAGCCUUAAGGUUGUAAAAAUAUGAAAUAUAUAAAACUAUGAAAAUGAUGUGCAGUAUGUAUUUUGGAAAAAAAUCUAUGGAUUGUUUCUGGUGGUAUUUGUAGAGGUAUGGAGGAAACACUUCUGAUAAAUACCUUCAUUCACCUCAUGUUGUUGUUAAACCUGUUUUAGUAGGGUUUUAUCUCCUCUUCACAUUAUACUAGUUUGCCAUAGUUUGUCAGCUGCUACAUAUCUUGAAAUACGUUGGCCCAACUUUCUACAGAUUUAAACUCAGCGUCAGAUACAUUUUAUGUGCCUCAUAAUAAGUAUAAUGUCAUUCAAGUGUAUGUGUUCUUUUUUUAAAUGUAAAGAUCUAGAUAUUUUAUAUGACACAUUUUGGCACUUUGUCACUUAAAAAGAAAUUCCAAAGACCA